AUGCACUCACUCGCCCAAGAAAUUAAAUCGUUCUCUAAAAACAAUCUGCGGAAGCAAUGCACCCGGGUGACGACUCUGAGCGGGAGGAGGAUUAUUGAGACAUGGAAAGGAUCCACUGUUCAUGUGGUUGAGGACACAGUCCAACCUGAGACGCCGUGUGGAUACAUUCAGGAUAAUACAUGGGAUCUCCAAGUUGGAUGUAUUAGACCUUACUUAUUACUGGGUUCCCAGGAUGCUGCUCAUGACUUUGGAACUUUAAAGAAAUACCAGGUCACUCAUAUACUGAAUGUGGCUUACGGUGUAGAAAACACUUUCCCGGAUCUCUUCAUCUAUAAAACCCUGAGCAUUCUGGAUCUGCCUGACGCUGACAUCAUCUCACACCUGCAUGAGUGUGCGCUGUUCAUAGACCAAGUCAAGGCGGAGAAAGGCGUAGUGCUCGUCCACUGUAACGGCGGUGUGUCUCGGUCAGUCUCUGUGGUCAUCGGAUACCUGAUGUGGAGAGAAGGCCAGUCAUUCGAUGACGCGUUUUCUCAGGUGAAGUCAUCGAGGCCACCGUCGUGUCCGAACCCAGGGUUCAUGGAGCAGCUGAAAAACUUCAAACCUCAACGCGGUGUUCAAGCGAACGGUCUGAUCGGUCAUUCAUAA